GUUUCGUGGUGCAACGAUGAAUUGUUAAUCCUUUUUGCUAAUGUUUAAUUAUGCAUUAUGGAAAAUGCAAUUGUGCAUAGUGUUUGCUCAAUGGUAAUUCUCAUAUUGUAGAGACCAUGUUGUUUAAUUAUAUCCUUUAUUUUAAUUGUUUCUGCUGGAGUUUGAUCAUUCUGCAAUUUUUUUUUUUUGUUUGGUUAUGGAGGUUAGUAGUUUGAAUUGAAGUUGUACCUUAGAAGGGGUAACUGUGAGAGGGAUUAAAGUGUGGCUGAAGGUGAAAUUUAUGGAGAGGAAGAAAGAAAAGAAAAGAAAUUUGAGAAGUUUCUCUGAAAAUUAAUUAGUCAAAUGAAAGUUGCCAGAAAUCAACCUUUUGGGAUGGAAGAAAAUGCAGACUCCGAGCACCACUUCAUGAUCGGGGGAAAUGCAUCUCAAGCUUCACAAAUUGACCCCAAAGAAGCUCGGUUUCCAUGCUGCCUUGUGUGGACUCCCAUUCCUGUUAUUUCAUGGCUGGUUCCCUUCAUUGGCCAUAUUGGCAUAUGCAGAGAGGAUGGUGUAAUCUUGGACUUUGCAGGACCUAAUUUUGUGUGUGUGGACAAUUUUGCUUUUGGUGCAGUGGCCCGCUACCUCCAAAUUAGCAAGGAAAAGUGUCGUGUACUUCCCAUUCCAUCUGUGGACAAAAUUGAAGAUCAAUACAGACAGGAUGAACCUAGAAGGGAGAUGUUGACAUGGGAUGAUGUGCUACGAAAGAGCACUCAGGAAUUCCAGCAUCGAAACUACAGCCUACUCACUUGCAAUUGCCACUCCUUUGUAGCCAACAAUCUGAACAGGUUGUGCUUUCGGACUGGUGGGUGGAAUGUGGUGAACCUUGCUGCUCUAAUCUUUCUAAAGGGUAAAUGGGUGAGCAAAGCAUCAAUGGUGCGAUCAAUGUUACCAUUCGUAAUAGUACUCAUUCUUGGACUCACAUUUGGAGGCUGGAACUUCGUAAUGUUCUUGGCAUUCUUCACCUUGGCACUUGUUGGUUGGUUUCUUCUAGGUACUUAUUGUUUCAAGAAUUUGAUCCAAUUGUAGCUUCUGCUACUUGUUUGUUUCAAAUAUGAAAUGUGUGAUUCAAAUGUAUAUUGACAUUACUAAUCGCCAGUAUUUGUUGGACAGCAUGAACAGCUAAAAUGAAUUUUUCAGUUUCCUUUU